GUGAACUGUCAAUGUCACGAAGCAAAAUUUUAGGUUAUUUGUUGCCAAUGAUCAAUAUUAUUUUCGAAACGAAGGCAAGUUUUUCGUAAAAAUGUCGAAUUCAAUCAUCAAAUUACUGGCUCUGGAUAAAGUAGCCACGGUGUUUAAUAUUAUACGUCAAAACGGCGGUAUCUUAGGGUCGCUGCACAAACUUUACAGACAAGAAGAGCUGAAAGAUGGUAGGCUAGUUGGUGUGGAUAAGUUUGGCAAUAAGUAUUACGAGAAUCCAAGAUACUUCUACAGCAGAAACCGAUGGGUUGAGUACUCGGACAAGUUUAACAUGAACUACGAUGCUAGCCAGGUCCCUGCCGAAUGGUUUGGAUGGUUGCAUUACAAAACUGAUCUUCUUCCCCACCAAGACCCAAGCAGACCCAAGUACAAAUGGAUGUUGGACCACACGGAAAACCUGUCUGGUACAACUGGCCAAUACGUACCGUACAGUACCACCCGCCCUAAAAUAGAACCCUGGGUGCCGAAGCCAAGAACAAGUGCUUAAA